UUUUUAUUUACAGGAAUUAGAAAAUGCCGCCAAAAGAGCCCGUCAAAAAACCUCCACCGCCGAUUAUACGUCCACCAAUAAGUGACUCCAGUCUUGUUUUCUUACCCGAUAAUAUUUUAGAAGGUUUCCAAGGACGUCUUGAAACUGGUGUCGACUGGACUCACGAAGCCCUAGCUCGAAGGUUUCAUCGAUCGAAAUGCCUAAGAGAGGAAAUACCUACAACACCUUUAGCGAAGGACUUCAGAACAGGAUUCAGAAAAGUAUCCUCAGCGGAUUUUUGGAUGAAAACUCUCCUAUUAGUCUUCAAGACCAAUGGGAGAUAAUUUUACCAUUAACUCAAUGGGAUAUAAAUAGGUUUAGCAAUGAAGAAGGGAAGGUUUGCUACCACAGUGUGAACUGUAUAACGGAUAAUGUUGAGCGGCUUAUAAAGAGAGCAGUUAGGGUUGGAGAUCGUGGCCUUUUGAAAAAAGAAUUAAAGGAGGUUCCGAUGUUGAGAAUUUUCGACUCAGAGAUAACCGACUUAGACAGCGGCCUCUCUGAAUUCACCAAACUGGUAACAUUGAACCUGUGCGGAAACUACAUCGGUGACAUCGAUCCCGCAUAUCUUCCUCCAGGACUGAAACUGCUCGAGCUCCAAGCGAAUCGGAUAUCGAAGACUGAAACGUUCGCGGAAUACUUACCGUCAACCUUGCUGUAUUUGGGCUUGGCUAGGAAUUUAUUGACAAACGAUAGUCUACAAGGAUUACCGAGACUACCACGAGUUAUCACAACUUUAGACUUGUCGGACAACGACAUCUAUAAUCUUGACACUGUACUAGAUGGAGUGGGUACGCUGCCGUAUCUCAAGGCAUUAUCGCUCGCUGGCAACCCGUGUUCGGUAUGUAUGGGCUACAGCUCCAUAAUUACCACGAGACUACCGACCCUGCAAUGGCUGGACUCCCGAGAGAUCCUGCCUACGGAUAGACCUGAGGAUUUCUGGGAACCACACCCUGAUGACUACCGGUCCAAUUACUUCAACUUUACUGUACUGCGAAUCAUGUCUAUACCUCAGCCUCCGAAACCUGAAAAGGGUGCCACCACGACGUUCCACGUAGAACUAGAGCUGCCACUCUUGGACUCUAAGCGAAGGAACUUCCUGAUGUUCAGGCGCAACGAGUCUUUGAGAGAAAUGCUGCCUCCGCCUGAGUAUGAGUCAGAGCUGUUGUUGGGACUAAAAACGCUGCCGUCAGUUGCGGGGCCCAGUAGAACAGACAUAGUAGAACUUGAAACAACCACACAUGAAUCUGACGUAUACGCCCGCCUGGUACCCAAAGAGUCCAGAGAAAUCCUUAAUUACACCGUCUUCGAAAGCAACAAAUUGCAGUGGAAUAAAAUGAUGAAUUUCCAAGAGCCGACGGUCAGGAUCUUCUGUCCGAACCUCGUUGCCUUGAGGGAUACCUUUCAAACGGUGGUUACGUUGAGACUGGUAUAUACUGUGAUAAUGGGCAAACAAGGUAAACCGGAAAAGGUGCGUAAAAGCGCUACAACGCUCAAGCAACCUCCGGGCGAAUCCCGAGUAGUCCUCGCCACCAUCCGCUGUGCCUUGAGAAACCCGGACUGGAGUCAGCCCUUCCAGCAUUUUCACUGGGACGACUCGCUCGGCACCAAUGAUGCGAUACAUUGGGGCGAUGGGGACCUUGCGAUUCUACAGUAUUCUCAAGGUCCGCCGAAAGCGGCCAAAGGGAAACCAGAAGCGGACACGUUGAUUUCCAAGCAGCCGGUUCCUGACAAUCUGACUUGCCACUUCAGCUUCGGAAUUGAUGCUAUCCGGUUCUAAAAAACACGAAAACAAACCUCAUCAAAAUAAACACUUGACAAUUUAAAUUCGUGCCUAUAUC